CAUUCUUUUCGGCUCUUUCAUUUUUCCCCACUCUCUCUUCCGAUCUGGUUCAACUAUCCGGGGCCGCAGUAUUUUAGCACAUCCAUGAGAUGAAUCAAGUGUGGCGUAAGCGUCGGCCUUGUGCAUUGGCUGAAAGAGCCCCAGCCAUAAUCGCGGUGUGGUUGGCUGCACGGAUGUUUGUUUAGACCUUGCCCAUAAUGGCUGCAGAGCAAUCCGGCGUUUGGCAAGGAAAUUGUGAGGGUGGCAAACCCAUCGUCCUGAUCCUAGUGGGAGCUCCCGGUAGCGGGAAGUCUACCUUCUGCAAUAACGUCAUGAAGGGUGCUUUGAGGCAAUGGGUUCGCGUCUGUCAGGACAUUAUUGCUAAUGGAAAAGCUGGGACGAAAGUCCAGUGCUUAAAAAAAGCAUCUGAUGCAUUAAAGGAAAGAAAAAAUGUGUUUAUUGAUAGGUGCAAUUUAGAAAGAGGGCAAAGAGCUGAGUUCAUUCAGCUUGGCAAGCAGCAAGCAGAUGUGCACGCAGUAGUCCUUGAUCUUCCUGCUCAACUGUGCAUUGCACGGUCAGUAAAGCGUACUGAACAUGAAGGAGGUCUGAAAGGUGGCAGUGCUGCGGCAGUUGUAAACCGGAUGCUCCAGAAGAAAGAGAUGCCAAAAUUAAAUGAAGGAUUCUCUCGCAUUAGUUUUUGCCAUACCGAAGCUGAUGUUGAAGAUUCUGUUGAUACAUAUAGGAAAUUGGGCCCAUCAGAUAGCCUUACACCUGGAUGUUUUGGUCAGAGAAGCUCUGAUGCCAAAGUUCAAGUUGGUAUAAUGAAGUUUCUAAAGAAGUUACAGCCAUCUGAAAAUGCCGAUGUUUGUCAGGUUUCCGAUUUUGAAAAAGAUAAAGAAGCAAAAGAGGGUCCCAGUGGAGAAGAACUGAAAGAACCUAUUCCAUCCUCUGGCCUUUUGGAUACACGUGUUAAAGGGAGACAUAAUUUGUCUAAGGAUGUCUUUGUUGCUGAUUACUAUACACUAGCAUUUCCAUCAAUAUCAACCUCUGAUUUCCAAUUUAGUCUUGAGAAAGCAUCUGAAAUUAUCGUUGAGGAGGUCAGUGAAUUCUUGAGCAAGACAGAGAAUUUGAGAUUGGUUCUCGUUGACUUAACAGAACAGUCAAGGAUUUUGGCUAUGGUCAAUGCUAAAGCUGUCCAGAGGAAGAUUGAUAAAAAAAGAUUCUGUACAUUUGUUGGUGACAUUACUCGUCUCUAUUCUGGUGAAUGUUUAAGGUGUAAUGUAAUUGCAAAUGCUGCCAACUGGCGCUUGAAACCUGGUGGAGGUGGGGUUAAUGCUGCCAUAUUUAAUGCUGCUGGUGAAGAUUUUGAGCGUGCAACCAAGAGUCAGGCUCAAACCCUGAAUCCUGGGAAUGCUGUUGCUGUACCUCUACCUGCAGAUUCCCUUCUCUUUAGAAGAGAAGGCAUCAGUCAUGUCAUUCAUGUCCUUGGGCCAAAUAUGAACCCAAAUAGGCCAAACUAUCUUGGAAAGGACUAUGUGAAAGGAUGUGAUGUUCUUCGAAGAGCUUACUCAUCUCUUUUUUGUUCUUUUGCAUCUAUUGCUCAGACUGCUAAGUUACCAGUGGAGCACAGUCAGAAAUGUAUCACAGGACCAAUAGGAGAAAACCAUAUUCAGGAAAAUCUCAAUGAUCACUCCAUAAAGGAUGCAGAACAGAAAGUCAAAAGGGAGGGACUAAGAGAACUAGAUACUGAAAGUAACAAGAAGUGCAAAGGAGAGUCUCCUGUACUUCCUAAAGGUGACUUGUCCCAUAGUUCUUUUGGUUGCAAACGUUAUAGCACUGGUUCUUCUGUAGAUGGACCACUUGAGGAUAUGCCUGCACGUGCAGAGACAAAUGUUGAAAGGAAGGAAAAGAGCAUUAAUGAGUAUAACAAGUCAUGGGCUUCAUGGGCACAAUGCCUAUAUCACAUUGCUAUGCAUCCUGAUGAGCACAGAGAGGAAGUUAUUGAACUAUCGGAGUCCACUGUCACGAUUUACGAUCUAUACCCUAAGGCAAAAAAGCACUUGCUGAUAGUUGCUAGACUGCAUGGACUGGAUAGCCUUGCUGAUGUGUGCAAAGAGCACAUUCAAUUGUUAAAAGAAAUGCAAUCCGUGGGGCUGAGGUGGGUGAAGAAAUUUACAUCUGAAGAUCCAUCAACUGGGUUCAGGCUUGGAUAUCAUUCGGUCCCUUCGAUGCGUCAGCUGCAUCUUCAUGUCAUCAGCCAGGACUUUGAGUCUACAUAUUUAAAACACAAGAAGCAUUGGAACUCCUUCAACACUCCGUUCUUCCGUGACUCGGUUGAUGUGAUUGAGGAAUUAGAAAACCAUGGUAAGGUCAGCAUCAAGGAAGAGAGCUUCUUAUCUAUGGAAUUACGUUGUCACAGGUGCCGAAGUGCACAUCCUAAUAUCCCCCAUCUCAAGUGCCAUAUCCAAAAGUGCAGUGCAUCCUUCCCUGCAAGUCUGUUAACUCAUGGGCGACUAUACUAUACGCUUCCCCAAAAUUUAGGAAGUGAUGGAGUAUGAUAGCUACAUCUGCUGCUUCUUUUUAUGUAAAGAAUGUUUGCAAUUAUGAGAGAGAGAGAGUGAGAGUGUGUGUGUGUCUUAGCUAUAUAUGCAACUCUACAACAAUUUUGUUUGCAACCAUAAAAUGUAUGUGGAGAGAGAGAGAGAGAUGAAUAUGUUAGCUAUAUAUGCAACUCUAGAAUAAUUUUGUUCUACUGAAUUUUACAGUCGAAAAAUGUAUGUGGGGAGAGAGCUAGAUGGGAAUAAUGUAUUAAAGUCUAGAGGUUGACGGCAGCAUUGGUAGGAUCGUAUGGGGAGGAGGAAGGUGGUCAAGUGAGAUUCUAUAUAAUUGUAUUUAGGGGAACUUGGCGGUGGGAAGCAACAAAAUGUGAUAGACAAUCCAAUCUAAAUUCUUUUUAGGUAAAGAAUGUUUGCAA